AGAUGACAUUAAUUAUGGACCUUGACAUGAACAAAACCAGUGUUAACACAACUCUCAUUACCCCAAGUGGUGAACCCAGUGUUAUUCUUGAUAUAAUACUUUACGUGUUGCUGAUUAUUGUGAUGUUUUCCUUGGGAUGCACAGCAGAUGAGAAGAAUCUACGCCUCAAUUUCAAGAGACCUUGUGGAUUAUUAAUCGGAUUGUGCUGUCAGUUUGGAAUUAUGCCUCUUUCUACUUUCCUACUUGCUUUUCUGUUGAAGUUCAAAUCCAGUUAUGCAGUGGCCAUUAUCAUUGUAGGUUGUUGUCCUGGAGGUAUGGCCUCAAAUAUGGCCUCAUACUGGGUGGACGGGGACAUGGAUCUUAGUUUGUGCAUGACGGUGACAUCUGUGCUCCUCUCAGUUAUAAUGAUGCCCUUGAACCUCUACAUCUACUCAAUUCCUUGGACUCAUAUUGGAACCAUCAUCAUUCCAUAUAAAAAUCUAGGAUUUAUGCUGUUGUUCAUUUUGAUUCCAGUUUGCUUUGGGAUCUUCACAAGACGCCUCAUUGCUAAAAAAGCAGAAAUAAUUGUGAAGGUUGGCUUCAUCGUGGGCACCCUGACAAUGAUUGUAUUUUUUGGUGCUGUAGUGAUUAAUGGACAGAUGUGGAACAUAAGUGCAUCGGUGAUCUGUGCUGGAUUCUUGUCUCCUUGCAUUGGCUAUAGCCUUGGAUUUCUAUUCGCAAGACUUUCACGUCAGUCUUGGGCAAGAUGUCGGACCAUCUGCUUGGAAACGGGCAUACAGAACGCCUACACGUGCGCCAUCUUUAUUGAAUUAUCCUUCUCUGGCCUGAUUCAGCAAGAAAUGAUGUCUUACGUCCUGAUUUACAUCAUUGCCUCUUAUGGACUUGCCUCCCUAGUAAUAGAGGGUCACAUCAUUUAUAAGAAAUGCUUCAAAAAGCACAGAAGCCAACUCCCAGUUGUCAAUGUGGAAGAACUACAGAGUUUCAAUGCUCACGAUCCUUUAACAGAACAAUCCAAGCCUGGUAUGGAGGAGUAG